GCCGGUGGAGGGAGAAGGCGGGGGGGGGCUCCUGUGGUGCCGCCGCCAUUUUGUCGCGGCCGUUGGAGCACGGCGGAGCGGGCGGAGGGCGCUGAGUCUGCCCCGCGCCACCCGCAGCCACCGCUGCCGGGACCUGGCGACCGUCGGCUUCGAUUCUCUUGAGCUGAAGAUGGCUGCACAGUCAGCGCCGAAGGUCGUGCUCAAGAGCACCACCAAGAUGUCUCUGAACGAGCGCUUUACUAACAUGCUGAAGAACAAACAGCCGAUGCCAGUGAAUAUUCGGGCUACCAUGCAGCAGCAGCAGCAGCUAGCCAGUGCCAGAAACAGAAGACUGGCCCAGCAGAUGGAGAACAGACCUUCUGUCCAGGCGGCUUUGAAGCUCAAACAGAAGAGCUUGAAGCAACGCCUCGGGAAAAGCAACAUCCAGGCCCGGUUAGGCCGACCAGCAGGGCCCCUCGCUCGCGGAGCCAUGGGGGGAAGAGGACUGUCCAUGGGGCAGAGGGGUUUGCCACGGGGAGCCAUGCGUGGAGGCCGGGGAGCCAGAGCUCUGCUGCGAGGAGGGAUCCCUCUCCGAGGUCAGAGCCUGCUGCGUGGAGGACGAGGGAUAUCUCCCAGGAUGGGCCUGAGGAGAGGUGGCCUUCGAGGCCGUGGUGGCCCUGGAAGAGGAGGUCUGGGCCGAGGCGCGAUGGGCCGCGGAGGGCUCGGAGGCAGAGGUCGCGGCAUGGCCAGCCGGGGCCGGGGCGGCUUCGGAGGCCGCGGCAGAGGCCGGGGCCGAGGCAGAGGAUCGGCGCGGCCGGCGCUGACCAAGGAGCAGCUGGAUAACCAGUUGGAUGCCUACAUGUCCAAGACGAAAGGACACCUGGACGCCGAGCUGGAUGCUUACAUGGCUCAGACAGACCCCGAGUCCAACGACUGAAGGGCCUUUGCCAGAGACCUUGUGGAAGUUGGUGUGUGGUGCCCAUAAAGCUAAACAUGGCAAAAGCCUGAUUUCCUGCCGGGAGGAGCCGCUGGCAUGGGGAGCAGCCCGGGCUUUAGUGUCUUCCUUUCACGUUUUGAUACUCUCUGUUGUAUGAAACCUCUUCCUUUGGGAUUGUUUUUAUAUCUGUAUUUCUCCUCUUCCCCCCACCCCAACACGAACGUGAACCCGCUGA